AAAAACGUGUGUCACCUAAAAUAAAUUGCUAUCGGCGACUCUUUGUGUCUACAAGUUUAGUUAUUCUACGUAGCGCAAUGCAGGACCCCAACGAAGAUACUGAGUGGAAUGAUAUUCUCCGAUCGAAAGGUAUUAUACCCCAAAAACCAAAGGAAAAAGAAAUUACAGAAGAUGAAAUUAUUGGUAUGAUUGAAAAUACAAUAUCUGAGAAGCAGAAUGAAAAAGAUUUGGCAAAACUAAAUUUGGAUGAAUUAGAUGAGUUAGAGGAUUCGGAAGAUGAAGCUGUAUUGCAGCAGUAUCGGCAGAAACGUAUUGCUGAAAUGCAGGCGUUGGCUAGUAGGGCACGGUUUGGUAUGGUACGCGAAAUUUCUGGACAAGACUAUGUUGAUGAAGUGACAAAAGCUGGUGAAGGAAUUUACGUUGUUCUACACCUUUACAGUCGAGGAUUACCGUUAUGUGCCUUGAUCAAUCAACAUCUAACACAGCUUGCUUUGGCAUUCCCAAUGACAAAGUUUGUAAGAGCUAUAGCUACCACCUGUAUUGCGAACUAUCCAGAACGCAAUGUUCCCACUAUAUUCAUAUAUUUCGAAGGACAAUUGAAAAAGCAAUAUAUUGGAUCAGUAGAGCUUGGAGGGUCAAAUUUAACUUGUGAUGAGUUAGAAUAUAUGCUAGGACAAGCCAAAGCAGUUGAAACUCGCAUAAAGGAUGAUCCACGCGCGUCCAAAAAAAUCAAAGAUAAAAUGUUUGCCGAGCUUUCAGACAACAACGACUGGUAAGGACGUUUUCGUAACAUUACCGGCCUUUAAAACGAUAUACAAACAUAUAUUUCUUGAGUAUAUACGGUGGAAUGAAAUGGGCCUUUGGACUUAAGUAAGCGUUAUAAUUCUUUCUUAUCCGCUAAAUUGUAAGGUUGCUAAUGUUUCGUAUUAAAUAACGACACAGAUUAUAAAUGCUAUCAUUUUGUGCAAAAUAUAAAACAAUAUUUAAUCC